AAGAAUGAGGACUACUUCAUGUCCCCGCAGGACUUUGUGAACCGUUUCCUCCACUCUCACACGGACACACGGCUGUCCGAUGAGGCCACGAAGCUGCUGGCUGGAGUGGUGGACCAGAAGAAAGACGGUUUGAUCUCCUUUCAGGAGUUUGCAGCUUUCGAGUCGGUGCUGUGUGCCCCCGACUCCCUCUUCCUGGUCGCCUUCCUGCUGUUUGAUAAAGCAGGUGAUGGAGUGACCACUUUUGAGAACAUAAAGCAGGUCUUUAGCCAGACCACCACCCACCAGCGCAUCCCCUUCAACUGGGACAGUGAGUUCAUACAGCUGCACUUCGGUGCACAGAGGGACAAGCAGCUCCGCUACAGCGAGUUCACUCAGUUUCUUCAGGAGAUGCAGCUGGAACAUGCACGGCAGGCUUUCAUCCAGCGUGACCGAGCCCGCAGCGGCUCCAUCUCAGCGAUGGACUUCAGGGACAUCAUGGUCACUAUCCGGCCUCACAUGCUCACACCCUUCGUAGAAGAAUAUCUAGUGGCGGUUGCAGGGGGAAGCACAUCUCAUCGGGUCAGCUUCUCCUACUUCAGUGGCUUCAACUCGCUGCUCAACAACAUGGAGCUGAUUCGAAAGAUCUGCAGAACUCUGGCAGGGCCCCGCCAAGACGUGGAGGUCACCAAAGAGGAGUUCAUAGUGGCAGCUCAGAAGUUCGGACAGGUAACACCUAUGGAGGUCGACAUCCUCUUUCAGCUAGCUGACCUGUCAGAGCCUCGUGGCCGUGUUGGUUUAGUGGACGUUGAGAGGAUAGCCCCGUUGGAGGAAGGUUCCCUGCCCUACAACCUGGCUGAGGUCCAGAGACAGCAGCUGGGCAGUAGCAGCUCCCGCCCUGUUCUUGUCCAGGUGGCAGAGUCUAUUUACAGAUUCACUCUUGGCUCAGUCGCAGGGGCUGUGGGGGCCACAGCCGUGUACCCCAUUGAUCUGGUGAAGACGCGCAUGCAGAACCAGCGCAGCAGCGGCUCCGUGGUGGGAGAGCUCAUGUACAAGAACAGCCUGGACUGCUUUAAGAAGGUGGUGCAAUACGAGGGCUUCUUCGGCCUUUACCGAGGUCUGGUACCGCAGCUACUGGGUGUGGCGCCCGAGAAAGCCAUAAAGCUCACAGUGAACGACUUUGUGCGAGGAAAGACGCUCCAGAAAGACGGUACGGUGCCGCUGCGGGCUGAGAUCAUGGCUGGUGCAUGUGCAGGUGGAUCCCAGGUGAUCUUUACAAACCCUUUGGAAAUUGUAAAGAUCCGUCUACAGGUGGCCGGGGAGAUCACCACUGGACCGAGGGUCAGCGCGCUGUCCGUCAUUCGAGACCUGGGCUUCUUUGGACUUUACAAGGGCUCCAAGGCUUGUUUUCUGCGGGACAUUCCCUUCUCGGCUAUCUACUUCCCCUGCUACGCCCACAUCAAGGCCUACCUGGCUGAGGAGGAUGGCAGCAUCGGGCCGGCCAGGAUGCUGUUUGCUGCAGCCCUGGCAGGGAUGCCGGCGGCCUCUCUGGUCACCCCAGCCGACGUGAUCAAGACCAGGCUGCAGGUGGCGGCGCGGGCGGGCCAGACCACCUACAGCGGCCUGACCGACUGCUUCUGGAAGAUCCUUCGAGAGGAGGGACCCCGCGCUUUCUGGAAAGGAGCCGAAGCUCGAGUGUUCCGGUCCUCUCCUCAAUUCGGAGUGACCCUCGUCACCUAUGAACUCCUGCAGCGCUGGUUCUACGUCGACUUCGGAGGACAAAAGCCGGCUGGCUCCGAGCCCACCCCCAAGUCUCGGAUCAGCCUGCCGGCGCCCAAUCCCGACCACAUCGGAGGCUUCAGGUUGGCUUUGGCCACAUUCGCUGGCAUCGAGAGCAAGUUUGGACUCCAUCUCCCACGCUACACAGUGGUGACGGCAGCCCCCUCCAACACGAGCGCGCCGUGACCCGCCGCGGUGGGAGGGAAUAUAAAAGAGAGGGCUGGAGCAGUCUCCAACACAUAAGCACUGACAGGCACCAUCUAGCACAUGGUAUUACUAUGAAUGUAUUCAAUGCUUGUAUCUAUCAAUCCUGUGCGUAUGUGUGUGUGCGGGCAGAUUAGUUUCAGAGGCUACUGAAAGAUCUUAUAGGCUGCAGUUUGUUUUGUAUUUAAUUGUGUAUAGUUGUAUUUUAUUUUCCAAAAAGUCUCCAACUAGUUUAGAAUCUGGGAACAAGUUUGUAGAAAUCUACCUAAAAACACUUCGAACCAUCCGCUCCUUCUUCCAGUUUCAGCUUUUUCCAGCGUCUUCCUUUUUGUUGCACGCUAUUUCCUGGAUCCGACAGCGACUUGAUGAAAGUGUAUUUAUAGAUAUUUUCAUAUCUGUGUGGCUCAUGUAGGACCCGAGGUGCUCUUUGUAACUCGUGCAAAUCCAAAGUAUCCACAAGAAUACAACCAAAAAGUACUUGAAUGUAAAGCCGUAGUAGAGCACUCGGACUGUACGUAACAUUUACCGUUGUGAGCCGUUUGGUUUUGGGUCUAAAUGUGUGCAGAUGUGUACAUUUGUGAGAGAGACAGCUGGCUCCAGCUCCAGCUCUGUGGUUAAAGCUUACACAGCGCGGAGGAUGGAGGGGUUACAUAUGGUGUGUAAUAUCUGUGCCUUACUGGACGUAUGGCAGCAACAUGUGUUCUGAGAGUAAAGAGAAACUUAUAUUAGUAAACGAGCCGUAUGCUUUUAUUUCCACCAUUAUGACCUGGUUGGACACUAGAAAGAAGACGCAAGACACUAAUGAGUUGGCUACGGUUUAAUAGCAAACAGGAGGCUUCACAGCAAUCACUCUGAGUUACAAUACACCCCUCGUUAAUAGUUCGAGUCUAUUAUAGAAUAAACAGUUCAAGCUUUGGCCCAGUAGAGAAAAGCACACUUGAUUCAGUGUCUGACACCGAAACACGAAGCAGUAGCGGCGCUGCCCCCGUGUGAGUGACGCCACCGCGUUCCUGCACCUGGAAUAUCACUAGGAAUGUGUUGCAUGCAGGCUUUAAUACGGAGAAAAGAAGCACAACAUGAAGGCGACUCUCUGUAAACAACACACGGCUAGUCUAUGACCCUGCUUUACUGUUACCGUAGUGCAAAGCAUAGUUACACACGAUUAUAAGGCGAUACGACUGCCACUCCUGAUACACCGCAGGCUCACGGAUUGCAAGCAACACACACAACCUGAAGUCAUUAAAUGAAUAAAUAAAAGCGGACAAAUCAAUAGAAGUCAGUGGUGUACUUAUUUCCUGACUCUUACAAAAACUGCAAAUGAAAAAA